AUGCCGUCAAGCCGUUCGUCCUCUCUGGAAACUCCGCCGAGACCAAAUUCAGGCGAAGAAAAAGAGGGAAGCGAGGAGGUUCGAUUAACCGUGUUCCGAAUAAGUAAAACGCAUUUAUUUCAGUCUGGCACUCCGGAAACGAACACUGAGAAGUCCGGAAGCAGUGCGACCACGUCGAAAGAGUAUCGUGAGCCAGGGGGAACGGUAAUUUUUGAAUUUUGUUCCACAUCAUUUCUUAAUGCUGUUUUCAGCCUGAAACUCGCACUCAAAAUAACGAAGCCGAUGAGCAGCCAGCGACGCCAUCAGAAGACAGAUUCCGAGAAGCGUCUCCGGAUGAAAGACCAGAAGAAAAGCGGUGAGAAUUUUCACAUUUAAUCGCUUCCGUUCAAUGAUUAUUUUCAGCUCAGCCUCGCCAUUCCGAGAGCCAGAAAAAUCUCCAGUCCGAGAAAAAUCGUCGAGUUCGGCUCCUCCAAAAGUUGCCGCAGAGCAGAAGAAAGAGAAGAAUGAUCCAAAGGAUAUCUUGAGAACGAGAACGGGAGGAGCGUAUAUUCCCCCGGCCAAGCUGCGGCUCAUGCAGCUGGCAAUCACUGACAAGUCAAGUGAAGAGUAUCAGCGAUUGAACUGGGAACGAAUGAAGAAAAAAAUUCACGGAUUGGUGAACAGAGUCAACGUCAAAAAUAUUGUUCAAAUCGUCAGAGAACUUCUGCAGGAGAACGUAAUCAGAUCGAAGUAAGCUGCCGUAUUCGUUUUAGUUUAUCGAAAAUUCAUUUCCAGGGGAGUUCUGUGCCGUGACAUUAUCCAGGCUCAAGAAUUUUCGCCAGGAUUCUCGAACGUCUAA